UAAGCUUAAGGCAAGCUUGGCGAAAAAGUUCUCAAGUUUUGCUUAUUUGAUAUAAGAUCGUUUUCGCAAAGCAACGCUCAAGCUAUAUAUUAAUGUUUAUUUAUGAAUCGGUUGUUUCCUUGAUAUUUCCUAUUUUUCUCACGACUGUAUGUACAUACAUACAUCUCACAAUCAGUGUACCUCUUGUAAGCCACGCUCACGAACAUUAAAGAGUAGUAACAAAUUGUGACGCGGUAAGUCACGAAAGGUAUCACAUCCUUAUCUGUAAUAGCUACGAUAAGGAUUCGCGUGGCGAUGAGUUGACCCAAAAAGAACAGGCGUUGCCACUUUCAAGGGGAGAUCGAGCAACGAACGCUAAAGAUUAGGUUAGCGCAUGCUGGUCAGCUGAUCCAGUGACCGACCAGUGGUGCGACCGUCACGACGAUUCGCCUAGCAGUGUUCAUUUACAUAAUUGUGUGCAAUUAAUAUAUUUACUAUGCGUCUGGUAAUUUGUGAUAACGUGGACUAUGUCGCAGAAUGGUCUGCGAAGUAUGUUUUAAAGAGAAUCAAUGAUUUCAAUCCUAAUGAGAAUAAGUAUUUUGUUCUCGGUCUCCCCACAGGAGGAACACCGUUGGGAAUGUAUAAAAAACUUAUAGAAUAUUAUCAACAAAGCAAAAUUUCUUUCAAGUAUGUUAUAACGUUCAAUAUGGAUGAAUAUGUUGACUUACCAAGAGAUCAUCCAGAGUCUUACCAUUAUUACAUGUACCAUAAUUUUUUUAAACACAUAGAUAUUGAUCCAAAAAAUGUGCAUAUACUUGAUGGAAAUGCGACAAAUCUUGAAAAAGAAUGCGAUAAUUUCGAGAAAAUGAUUAAAGAAGCUGGUGGGAUAGAAUUGUUUAUUGGAGGUAUCGGUCCGGACGGACAUAUAGCCUUCAAUGAACCAGGUUCAUCGUUAGCUUCUCGUACAAGAGUAAAAACUCUCGCGCAAGAUACUUUAGAAGCCAAUGCCAGAUUUUUUGGGAAUGAUAUUAACAAAGUGCCAAAACAAGCGCUAACUGUAGGCGUUGGUACUGUGAUGGACGCUAAAGAAGUAAUGAUUCUUAUCACCGGAUCUCAUAAAGCUUUUGCCCUUUAUAAAGCUAUAGAGGAAGGUGUUAACCAUAUGUGGACAGUGUCUGCGUUUCAACAACAUCCUCGCACGCUCAUAAUCUGUGAUGAAGAUGCGACUUUGGAAUUACGUGUAAAAACAGUUAAAUACUUCAAGGCGCUCAGUGAUGUACAUCGCAAAUUGAUUGAGGAAGAUGGAAAUGCAAUCCCCCGCCGUACAAUGCAAAACAAUUAAAGUGAAUUUGUGGGAUAUUCAUAGCAAAUUGAUUGAGCAAGAAUGCCGACCAAAGUAGAGAGUUUGUCAUCAACAGUUCAUGAAAGUUAUAACGAAUUUACAUGAGAAGAGCAAACAAUUGAAUGUUUUAAACGUAUGAAAUUGUGAAAGUGCGAUCAGAGAUUAGAUUAUGCAAUAUAUGUGUAUCUUGUGUUUUUUAUUUUAAUCAUAUUUUCCAUGUAAAAAUUUUAAUUAUAUGUAUGUUAUCUUAUACACACAACUGCCAUAUAAGUGCCAGAAAAAUAUAUUUUUAUAUCAUUCUCUAUUAUUUUAAAAAUAAAUUUAUCCUUUUUAUACUGCCGUAUUAUAUAAGCAUUAUCAGUCAUUACAAUUCGGUAUAUAUACA